AUGGAAGCUCUUUCACCAGAGGAGCGUCAAGCUCUCCUUGAAGGCCCAGGGCUUGCUCCUCCUCCUGGACAGGUCUCAAACUUCGAGGAUCCUCCAAAUCUCACGUCCGAGGGAUAUGCCAUUCUCUUCUCAUUAUGGAGCGUGGCGACUGUCUGCUUCCUUAUCCGACUCUACGCGAAAGCAUUCGUGGUUCGACAAUGGCGACUCUCUGAUUUUGUCACGAUCCUAGCAUGGGCACUUUGUAUGGGGUAUGUCGCCGUUUUAUUGUUGGCCGGAGAAUAUUCUGGAGUAGACCAGUGGAACAUACGACUGAGGGAGCUGAUCCAGUUGCUUUACUACGAACAAAUUGCACUCUUACUCUAUGGGAUCGGCACCUUCUCCAUCAAGCUCUCGAUUCUGAUGCAACUCCUCGAACUUUUUGCCCACAGACAACGGGACUGGUUCUUCUGGUGCUGUCAUGGCUUCAUCUUGCUCAAUUUUAUGUACCACUUUAUAAGCGCAGUCGCCACCAUCUUUCGCUGCCGACCUGUUUCCGCAGGUUGGAUUCGAGAUAUCACAGGCGGAGAUAUGAUCGCAGGCGGAGAUAUGAUCGCAGGCGGAGAAUGCAUUGACAACUUCGGGAUCAUCGUCUCGAUGAGUUCGCUGAAUGCCCUGUCGAACAUAAUCAUAUUGGCCCUGCCACAAGCACGUAUCUGGGGCCUGCAGAUGCCGCUCCGCACAAAGAUUGCAUUAUCCGCUGUCUUUUCAGUUGGUCUCAUAUCUUGCGCCUCCGGGAUCAUCAAACUCGUAUAUUCUGUCCUGAUGUAUCACAACAACAAUAAGUCAUACUAUGUGUGGUACGUUACCGCCUGGACGCACCCCGAGAUGGCGGGCGGGGUGAUUGCGGGCUGUCUUCCCUCAGUGCCAAAGGUUGUUCAGAACAGCUUGAACAGUCCUCUCUUCGCGAGAUGGGGGAGCUCCAUCCGAAAGGCUCUUUCAUCCCAUUCCUCGAGUCACGGACAAAGCCAUUCCAACCAUAUCCAUUUCGCAUCGCCUGACAACAGUGGCAUUGAUGCGCAGCCAGUGCGAGCGAGGAUAAUGAGGAACUCGUAUAUGGGCAGAGACCAAUUUCCGCUCACGUCGUUUGCGAGUCACCCGGGCACUGCGACUAUGCAUUCGAGGUCGUCAGUGGAGGUGCCGAGAACCCUGGAGCCGGAUGCAGAUGGGUUUAUCGAGAUGCGAACUGUCCAUAUACCGAGUCCUCGACUGUCGGGUAUCAUUCCCGACCCAGAAGAAACGUCGCUGGUUUAG